GUUGAGGCCACUGUAGCAUCAAGACCAUUACGUGGAUGAACCAUGCAAAUGAAUUUUGAAGAUUGCUGGUUUUGGGUGCAGUGUGCAGUGUGCAACUAAACUCGAAGCUCAAAAAUAAAUCUGAAGGUCGUAUUCCGCAUUCAACACCACGGCACCACCACAACACCACCACAGCACCACACCCCUUUAAAAAUCACCUUCAGAGCCCUUCUCAUAAUCUGUUUCGCCGCAUUUGCGCAUUUUCGAUUACUUGUGAUUUUAAAGGGGGGGAAGUCUCUCAAUAUUCUUAAUCGUCCCUCCUCUUUUGAAUGGGAUUUCCAUUAUCCUAUAGUCUUAUAAUGAUCGGUUCUACUUCUUGACUUUCGUUAAUAAAACCUGAAUUCACUUCUUCCGUGUCUUUUUUUUUUCCUUUUUUUUUUUUUGGCCGCGUAACGCAAAAAAAGGCCUUUUUGUUACACGGCCAAAGCAAUUCAAUUUCGGCCGUGAGCGGUUCCAGAAAAGUUCAGGCCACGAGAGGCCACGAGUACCUCUUUUCUUCCUAGCCUCGUCCCAAUUUCCCAAUUCAACCUCGUCCAAGUUUAUAUAGCUGCAGCUAUUAUCUCGUCUAUCCCGACUCAACAUGGCGAGGUCAAGUUCGGCCAAGCCACCCGCUACCAAAGGCGGUCCUUAUACACCUCCGAACCCUAAGGAACAUGUUAAGCACGAUGACUAUACUUCGGAGGGUGUCCAGGACAAUGAUGUCUUUCUACUUCCUUUCUCCGACUACCAGGUCAUGAUAAUCCUGACUAUUGUUGGUGCUAUUGUGCGACUAUUCCGCAUCUACCAACCCUCUAGUGUCGUCUUCGACGAAGUACACUUUGGUGGAUUCGCGACAAAGUAUAUCAAGGGUAAAUUCUUCAUGGACGUGCACCCGCCGUUGGCGAAGCUACUUAUCACACUUUUUGGAUGGCUUGCCGGUUUCAAGGGCGACUUCGACUUCAAGGAGAUCGGCAAGGAGUAUAUAGAAGCUGGUGUUCCCUACGUGGCUAUGCGAUUAUACCCUGCCAUUUGCGGUAUUGCGUUGAUCCCGACUAUAUUUUUGACUCUGAAGGCUGCUGGUUGUCGUACGGCUACGGCCGCCAUGGGUGCCGCUUUUCUCAUUUUUGAGAAUGGUCUCCUCACCCAAGCUCGUCUGAUUCUCCUCGACUCUCCGCUAGUCGGUGCUACCGCAUUUACUGCGCUUGCCUUCACUUCCUUCACCAACCAACAUGAAUUGGGUCCUUCGAAGGCAUUCGAUGCGGGGUGGUGGUUCUGGCUUUUAAUGACCGGCGUGGGGAUGGGAAUCACCGUCAGCAUCAAAUGGGUCGGCCUUUUCACAAUUGCCUGGGUUGGAACCUUGACUCUUAUACAAUUGUGGGUGCUGCUUGGCGACACCAAGACUGUUACUCUUCGCAUCUUUGCGAAGCACUUCCUGGCCCGUGCUUUCUGCUUGAUCAUUGUCCCCAUUACCAUCUACAUGGGUAUCUUCGUUAUCCACUUUAUCUGCCUUUCGAACCCUGGCGAUGGAGAUGGUUUCAUGAGCUCCGAAUUUCAGGCUACCUUGAACAACAAGGGCAUGCAAGAUGUGCCAGUCGACAUUGCAUUUGGCAGCCGUGUUACCAUCCGCCAUGUCAACACUCAGGGAGGAUACCUUCAUUCUCACCCCCUUAUGUACCCCACCGGCAGUCAGCAACAGCAGAUCACCCUGUAUCCCCACAAGGACGAUAACAACUUGUUUCUGAUCGAAAACCAGACUCAGCCACUUGAUAUCAACGGCGAGCCCAUCAACGGCACCGGCGCUUGGGACACUAUGAGGAAUAUCACCGAGAACUACGUCAAGAAUGGAGACGUUAUCCGACUAUAUCACCUGGCUACCCAUCGUCGUCUUCACUCUCACGAUGUUCGUCCACCAGUUACCGAAGCUGAUUGGCAGAAUGAAGUAUCUGCAUAUGGAUAUGAAGGAUUUCCCGGUGAUGCCAAUGAUCUGUUCCGUGUUGAAAUUGCCAAGAAGCAGUCUCUCGGACCCCUCGCCAAGGAACGUCUCCGAACCAUCCAAACCAAGUUCAGACUCGUCCACGUUAUGACUGGUUGCGUUCUCUUCUCUCACAAGGUGAAGUUACCGGAUUGGGCUUCUGAGCAGCAAGAAGUUACUUGUGCGAAAGGUGGUACUCUUCCUAACAGCUUAUGGUAUAUCGAGUCGAAUGCCCACCCGCAAUUAGCGAGCGAUGCUGAGAAAGUCAACUACGCUAACCCUGGGUUCCUCGGCAAAUUCUGGGAGUUACAGAAGGUUAUGUGGAAGACUAACGCGGGUUUGGUUGAGUCUCACGCCUGGGAUUCUCGUCCCGAAUCUUGGCCGAUCCUCCGUCGUGGUAUCAACUUCUGGGGUAAACACCACCGCCAGAUCUACCUCAUGGGCAACCCCAUCGUAUGGUACACCUCUACUCUUGCCGUUGUUGUUUACGUGCUCUUCAAGGGUAUUGCGAUCCUUCGAUGGCAACGCAGCUGCAACGACUACGAGAAUCUCACCUUCAAGCGAUUCGAUUACGAGAUCGGAACCUGGGUACUCGGAUGGGCUUUCCACUACUUCCCCUUCUUCUUGAUGGGACGUCAACUUUUCUUACACCACUACUUCCCUGCGUUGGUCUUCGCCGUCCUAGCAUUUUGUCAAUUUGUCGACUUCGCUACAGCUCGGUUCGCGGCAGUCAGAGGGAACGCUAUUAUCAACAAGGCCAGCGUGGUGGCCCUCUUAGCCGUUGCUGCGAUCGUAUUUGCUCUAUAUUCACCCCUCGCAUAUGGAAAUGCCUGGACUAAGGCUGAGUGCAAUCGUGUCAAGUUGUUCAACACUUGGGAUUGGGACUGCAACACUUUCUUAGAGAGCUACGAAGCAUACACAAGCCUUUCAGUUCCAGUCGCCCAAACCUCUCAACCCGUUGUUGACAACAAAAAUCAGGCACCAAAACCCGCAGCUGAUAACAAGCAAGACGCCGCAAAUGCAGGUAUCUCAGGUGCGCCCAAGUUCGAACCCCAGGGUCAAAAAGUGCUUAGUCGCGAGGAGCGAGUCGAAUAUCGAGACCAAGAUGGCAACCUCCUCAACGAAGAGCAAGUCAAGGCUCUCGAAGGCAAAGUCGAAUUCAAAACCAAGUACGAAACGAGAACGCGCGUGAUAGACGCCAAUGGAAACGAAGUCGAAGUGCCAGUAGACGAGCUGGCCGCUGCAGGCGUUGCACCACCUCAUCCCGACGUUGAGGGUGCUAACCAGGAGACUAAGAACUUAGUGAAAGACGACCCUAUUCCUCAGGAAGCAUCUUCAAGCAAGGACGGUGAAAAGGAAGCUGAGAAGUCUGUUCCUAGGCCGGCUAGCGAGGGCAACGAGGCAACCAACUAAACGCCUCGGUUCGUCGUUCCUAAUUUGACCUUGCGUCUUUUUUUUUUUUUUUU